AUACCAGCGAGCAAAUUUUCUUUGUAGAAGAUAUUUGGUAUUAUUUAUUUCUGAUUCCGUCUUCGUUCAUAGCUACCGUAUUUUUUGUGUUUUUGGCAUGGAUGGGAUUUCAAAUGUUUGUCAAUAACUAGUUAAUUUAUAAAAUGUCACUUUCAAAUUGUUAUUCAUUUUAUCGACAACAUCAUAAUCAUUGCCAUAAUUGGCUACGGAUGAAUGGAUAUCAAGGUUUGACGUCUAUUGAUCAAGUUUUUUCGCAUUCCAAUGAUGUUGCCGAUAGCAAACCUAUUGAUGAUAACAAUCAUCAUCAUACUACUAACUGUGAUGAAAUUGAUCCGGAAUAUUUAAAAACAUUGGAAAUAACGCACCUACAUCAACAAGAACUAGAGCGUCAACGUAAACAUGAAAAUUCCAAUAAUGAUUGGUUCCAAUAUGUCGAUCUCAGUCAAACCGAAUCCUAUUCAAUUCGAUCAAAAGCUCCUGAUAAUUCAGAUGAUGAUUUCGAAGAAUCUACCAAUGAUCACUACCAAUUGCUGAUGCUGUCUCACAUACGAUCUGAGGGGAAAAAAAUGCAUCAUUAUUCACGCGUUUAUGGUGAUGAAAAACCGUUGGCGUUGAAAAAUUUAAUUGAAAUGGAAAAUGAUUUGCAAUAUAAUUUUGAAAAAUAUUGUGAUCGCCAUCAGCCACCAUUUUGGCCCAUUCUUCCAAUCCGAAUAAAAUGGUCUUAAAUACAGUGAACAAUAUCGACAAUAGAUGGCAGAUGAUCUUUCUUUAAGAAAAAGUAAUUAAAUCGAUGUCGUUAGAUGUCGUUGUUGGUAUAUUUAUCAGGCAAUGAAACUAAAUUAAUUUCAUUCAAAUCAUGAUUAAAACCUUUUUGAAAUGUCUUCAACUUGUGUGAUGAAUAAAAA